UUUCAUUUCUCGACGUCGGCGACCGAACGAAGAUAGAGCGAAGGCGUGUGACGCUGUUACACAACGUUUCGGCCUCGACGGCCACCACCACCACCACAGCCACAGCCACCUCCACUUCCACCGUCACCGCCGCGUAAGACCAUUACACCAUACAGGCAUUGACUCUACAGUCUUAGCUAGCGUACGGUGAUCCAAAGAAGUUUUUUCAGCGCACAUGACGAGACGGUAAAUAUUUGUUUAAUUCAAUAAUAUUCGCGCUUUCUCUACACGUUUUGUUUUAUCAAACAAUAAUAGUUAAUACUUAGCUUUUAUGUUAUCAGUUAUAUUUUCUGCGCAUGUUUCGAAUGUAACUAUAGUGUGAAUUUAUUCUUACAAAAAUAAGUACAUUGUAGGAGCGAAAUCAAAAAUACUUUACUGAGCAAGAAAUAACCACUCCACUGUAUACAUCAAACAUCAAUCGUAAGAAAAUAUUUUAAUAAUAACCGAUAUUUUGUCUCCGUUUUCUUUUUAUUUAAUAUCAAAGUCAUUAAAUCGACAUACGUGUUAGUGAGCUUGCAGCUUUCUUAAAACGAAAAACGGUUUCUGUUUGUAUGUACCUAAUUUAAAAUUUGAAUUGGUCGUAUUAUCAGUAUUGUCAGCAUCAUCCGUGGUCAAUAGUUCCAGAAGUCGAUAUAAGGUCAUUGUCGCUGACACAUCAGUUUAUAAUGCUCGCCGACAAACGAUCGCCUCACAGAAAUGCAGGUGGUGUCACCGUCAUCAUAAACUCAUGACGAAAUAAUCUGCACCAUAAAAUGUACCUACUAGAUUCCUCAUUGGAAUUGAGGAAUACACCUGUGCAUGAUAUUUGUUGCAUGACGUGCUCCAAGUUCUGUUUAUAAGUAUGAAACCAAACGCAGUUUGUCCAGAACACAGUUCAACAAUGUCGGUAUUGGUCAUCAUCCUCUCUGCUACUUUACUGACUUUUACGGGAAAAACAGGCGCUCAAGGUCAGCAGCAGAGAUUCUUUUCCACUUCGUCCAAUAAUGGAAAUUUCCCUUUACCUCGAGUACAAUUUCAGGAAGAUACAAAUAGUGAUGACCUGAAUUUUCCUCAACGUAGAUUAUCUUCUGCUAACGGUUUACCACUACCUAAUCCUAGUUCAUCGAGUUUUUUUUCAUCUCAACAACAGCUUCCACCAGGAACAUUUACAAAUUCUGGACCAUUUUCACGACCACCGAAUGUUCAACCGUUUAUUUUAAACGGACAGCAAACACAGUUUCAACCACUUAGAAAUUCUGGUUCUUUAGGUUUCGUUGAUGCAGUUUCACCGCCGUCUUUCUUCCAACAAGCACCACAACGUCCACCAUCACAACAACAACAACCAUCAACACAACAGCAGUUUAAUUUUUUCCCAAGUAAUUCUCAACAACAACGAUUUCGACCUGUUUUACAACAACAACGUACGGAACAAUCAGAUUCCACUGAAAACUUUGAUGAACAUCAAAGUGCACAGCCCUCGUUAAUAUUGCAACAAUCGAGCCAAGAAAAUUUCAAUAGUGAUUCUUCUCGUCGUCCUUUGUCUCAAAAUAAUGGAGUUAUACCAGUUUCUAGAAACACACCAUCUACAGGACCCAUUAGAUGGUGGAAUCCCACAACGGCUGAGGUAGAAUCAGUGGUUGUAAAUGGUGACGACACGGUAGAUGGAAUUAACACAAAAGACGAUGCAGAAGAAUUAGUUCAUCAAAGACAAAACCAGCCACCAAAACGUGGACGUGGUCAACCGCAACAAGCUAAGCGAAGACCCAUAACUACACCAGAGCCAUCUUCAAUUGUUAACCUAGAAGAACAUCAAGAACCAGCGGCCAUUGGAUUUACCGUGAUACAUGAUGAGAAUGAUGAUCGAUCAUCGUGGUCUCAACCAAUAGUCACUACACAUAGGCCACAAUCUGGACCAUCUGCUUUUCGCAAUAGAAACCAACCUGCAGUAGUUUCAGGUUCGGUGAUAAAUCGGCGGCCUACCACAUUUAGUCCAUUAUCUGCUGUAGCAUCUUCUUCUACCACCAUACGAUCUGCGCCCCAGCAACCUUCAGCAUUAUCUGGGGCAGUUAAUAGACAACAACCAACUACUGUAAGAAGUAGAAAAUCUUCUUUGUUUUCUACAACCACUACUACUAUGAAUACUUUAGAUUAUGAACAAGAAGAGGAAGACGAAGUAGAACAAACUGUUGGAGAGAAGCAUCAAUUCCAACCACGAAAGUCCACAACAACAACACAACCACCUCCAGUUCCAAUUACUACACUGAGAUCUGCUUUGAGACCAAGAAUAAAUUCUUUAACGACUUUGAUUCCACAACAACAACAACGAAUGAAAAAAAUUGUGAACAAUCCAGCAAUAAUUCAAAGCAUAACUACUAGAAAACCAACAACAACAACAACAAGUACUACUACAGUAGCUCCUAAAACAACUACAGAACAUCAAAUAGUAGACGAAUAUGAAGAAUAUGAGGAUAUAGAACACACAACCACAUCUUAUACAACAACUGAAUUACCAUUAAAUAAAAAACAGACCAAACUUCCAUUGGUAAAUCAAUCGUCUGCGGUAACAAUAAAUAAAAAAGAUAAUAAUAGUUCAAUAGCAACUACUGAAAGUUGGGUUGUAGUCGCAAGUGUACAAACUAGUAGAUCAGUCUCAUCAUCGUCAUCAAUGGUAGGGGGUGGAACAAAUAAGAAUAAUACUGCCCAAGAGUCAAUUACGUCAACAGCACCUAGUCCUACAACUAAACACAGGUUUAAUAACAAACCUGCUAUAACAACUACUAGCACAACAACAGUAGAAAGUAUUAUUGAUAAAUUAGAUAGAGUUCAAUCGGAACUUUCAAAUGGUAUAUUGUAUGGUAGCUCUUCAAAUACAAAUAAUGGCAGCCGUAUUUUGACGGAUAUGCAGAGUAGUGGUAAUAACGAUGAUAAACGAAAUGAUGAAAUUAUAUCAUCGUUUAAAACUUCGGCCACUGAAAAAACAACUAAGACUCUAACAAGCACGAUGAGCCCACCAAUUACUACAAGUAACAAUGUCACUUCUAGCAUUUCUAGCACUACCAUGUCUUCUAGCACUACUAUGUCUUCUAGUACUACCAGUUCUCCUAGUAGUACUACUACAAAAUCUGAAAAAGAAGAAGAAGACGAGAAUGAGGAUAAAGAAGAAGAAGAAAAAGAAGAAGAAUCUGAUGACUCUGAUAAAGAAACAACAUUUGUUCGAAAAUUCGUACCUUCAAAACAGAGAACUUCUACUGUAUCUUCUAUUACUACAACUAGCACAGUCAAACCGGCAAAGAAAAAAAGCUUAAUAGAUUCUGUUAAGUUUGAUGAUUUAUUAACUAGUGGAUUACUUCCAGCUGGAUUUAGCCCAAAGCCACCUCCAGCUUAUAAAUCUAAGACUAUUACAACCACAUCUACAACUGAAAUACCACCUCCAGUUACUAAUAAUAUUAGUAGCCUUCAACCAAAAAAUACUAAUAUUAGUAGUAGUAGUAGUAGUAUUUCUACUAAUACUACACCCAGUACAACUACAGUAAAAGCAAAAUCAUCGGGUUUGAACAUUAAAUUUGUUGAUGAUUCAUCGGCAUUAGCUUCACUUUUACCACCAGGAUUUAAAUUAGAAGAUGCUAUUAAACCAGUCGAAGUUUUGUCUCCUUCUUUAUUACCACCAGGAUUUAAACUACCAACUGAAAAUGUUGAAAUCUCUAAUAAAAACAAAGAUCAAGAAUCGGUUAUGACAACAUUUGUUCCAACGACCGACGUUCCGUCAACUACUCCAACAACAACAACAACGACAACAACAACGAUCACUAGCAGUACAUCAGGAAUAGUUUUCCCCAAUAGUGGAAAAGGAACAAAUAGCUCUGGAACCAGGAAACCAUUACCUUCAAGUAAAAAAAUGCAAGCUGCAGUUACUGUGGCACCCACUAUUCAGAAGGGAUGGCCAGUUAGGGUUGUAACUGAGUUUACUGGCUGGUCUACUCCAUCAACAACUCCAUUAUCUAUCGAAAAAUUAUUACUACAGUCUAAAGCAGCUGAAUUAGCUGCUAUGACAUCUACUCUAGAGCCAACUACUAGCACUACAACGACUACAACAACAACUACUAUGAAACCACCUCCCACAACAACACCCGGCCAAUGUUCUGAAAGUGAUUCAGUAUGUGAACUUGUUGGAACAGUGCGAAUAGUUGGUUCUGGAUCAGAGAAAUGGGUACCCGAGUUAUUAGACCACAAUACUGCAGAAUGGAGGUUACUAGCUAGUGAAAUUGAAACUCAACUAGAUAAAGUAUACAGUAAAUCACCUGCAUUGAGCAAAUGGUAUAAGACAAUAACCAUCGAUUCAUUCAGUCCUGGAAGUAAUGCAAUCAGCAAUGGAAAACCUGAUAAAAAUGCUGGGAUUCUUGUUGAUUUCUUCGUACAGCUCAAUCAACUGGGACGUACAGUUAGUACCGCUGACAUUCGGCGUCUAUUUCAUGAAACAUUACAAAAAGAAGGAAAUCUAGGAUCUUCCGCACAACCAUUACAAUACGGGAAUAGUGGUGAUUAUGAAGGGCUUUAUUUAAAAUUAGGAAGGUUUACUGUUGAUCCAGCACGUACAGAUUUUAUUGUAUUGCCUAAACCUACCAGAAGUGUGAUAGCAACCGCUGGAACUGAUGAUGCAUGGUUACCACAAUGGGCUGUAGCUGUCAUGGUUAUUGGCCUUGCUUCAUUACUUUUUGUUUUAAUAUUUGGCAUAACAGUGCUCGUAAGUCGUAAUAAAAACAAUAAAAAAGUACCUCCACCCACUCUACAAACAUCCAUGAUGUCUGAUGACCAAAAUCAACAUAUUUAUGGCACGGGUAAAAAUGGUCCAACUACUGGAAGUCGUCAUAUGAUGCAUCAUCCACCGUCCCAUUCCAAUUCCAACUAUAAUAUUAGUUCAUAUGGUUAUGAUAAUUAUGCGAUUGAUGAUGACAUGAUGAUAUUAGAUGAAGACGAUUUGGAAGACGUGGAUCGAUUGUACGAUAUGSAUGCGGUUUGGUCCGACCAUGACCAUGAAAAAGUCAAAGUUCCAUCAAAUAUUGCAGGGAAAAAGCAUCGAGAUACACAACAUAAUGGGCACUAUGAUAGUUGGCGGUCAACCGCGCUAUCACCUCAGACAUUAACACCAGUUCAAACUGGAUAUUAUACUGGUGGUAGUGGUUAUGGUUACGGCACAGAUCCAAGUGGUUACGGAGCUGAGAGACGACAUUAUCACCGAGAAGCUACGUCUGUUUCAAAUCCACGAUCACAUCAUCAUUAUGCAAGCUCUCAUCAUAAUCCUAACGCUUCUUAUACUACUGGACCGAGGAAACCACCUCAGCAGUAUCACCCCGACUACGACACCGAUUUUUAAUAAAUAUUUUUUAUUUGUUUCUAAAACGUAAUUUUCAGUUGCCAUUGAGGUUGAUGCCUAUUUAGAA